AUGUACACCUGUUCUGUGUAUAUUGGAAAUAAAUGUACUUACUUACUCACUUACUUCAAUCUUUGCAGAUGGGCACAACAAAACGGCCAAACCGCCUCCAUCACAAACACCCUCAACAAAGCUGCCAAACUCGGUGACUACAUCCGUUACGCCUUCUUCGACAAGUACUUCAAGAAGAUCGGCAACUGCGUCGGACCAUCGACUUGCCCAGGCGGCUACGGAAAAGACGGCGCCCACUACCUGCUGGGUUGGUACUUCGCCUGGGGCGGAGCUCUCGACACCCAAAACGGCUGGGCUUGGAGGAUCGGAGAUGGUUCGGCUCACUUCGGUUACCAGAACCCUCUUACCGCUUACGCUCUUGUUAACGAACCCAGCCUGAGACCUAAAGGUGCCACAGCAGUCUCCGACUGGCAGAUCUCCCUCGACAGACAGCUAGAGUUCUACGAAUGGCUGCAGACUGAGGAAGGAGCCUUCGCCGGUGGUGCAACUAACAGCUGGAACGGCAGAUACGAUACCCCACCUUCCAACCUAACCGGCAACACCUUCCACGGCAUGUACUACGACUGGGAACCAGUGUACCACGACCCACCCUCCAACAGGUGGUACGGUAUGCAGCCUUGGUCAGUUGACAGACUCGCUCAGUUGUACUACGUCAGCGGUGACAGCAGAACGAAGAACUUGUUGGACAAAUGGGUCAAGUGGGUGCUUUCCGAGAUCACCUUCCAAGGCAACCAGUACUCCAUCCCCGCUACCCUUGAAUGGGACGGUGUUCCUCCCAAUGUUCACGUUAGAGUGACAGCGCACACCAACGAUGUGGGUACUGCCUCAGCUACUGCAAGAGCUCUGGCCUACUAUGCCGCUAAAUCUGGAGAUACGAAUGCCAAGACAGUGGCUAAGCAGCUCUUGGACGGUAUGUGGGAGUUGUACCAGACCGACAAGGGAGUGUCCAACUCUGAAGUUGCCGAUACUUACAACCAGUUCCAGCAUGAGGUGUAUGUGCCUCCAGGUUGGUACGGCCAGUAUCCCAAUGGAGAUGUCAUUCAAGCACCGGCUACUUUCAUUGGGCUCAGGUCUUGGUACAAGAAGGAUGCUGCGUGGCCUAAGGUGGAGGCACAUUUGAACGGUGGACCGGCUCCUGAGUUCACAUUCCACAGGUUCUGGGCCCAAGCUGAUGUUGCUUUGUCACAGGGUACUUACGGGAUGCUUUUCAAUGAAUGA